GUCCAUAUAUAUUCUUCUCACUUUGAUUUAUUAAAACAGCAACACCUCGACCUGCCAGAUCUUGAGGCAAUGGCUUCGACUUCUCUCUUACGCACCGCUUUGCGGUCCCUCUCUCUCCGCUCUACGCCCACCACUGGCUCCGCCUCUGCAAUCGCCUCGACCUCCUCCCUCCCCGUCCCACGCACCUUUUCGACCUCUCCUCUCCUCAGUACGACUUAUCAGCAAGUCCUGCGCGGCGCCCGCAAACCGCAUCGUCCCCCGGUCAAUCGAUCCCCCGCCCUGGAAGGAGCCCCUUUCGUAAAGGGCGUCUGCGCAAAGGUCUUCACCACAAAGCCCAAGAAGCCCAAUUCCGCCAUCAGGAAGUGCGCUCGUGUGCGCUGCUCCAAUGGACGAAUCGUCACAGCGUAUAUCCCUGGUGAGGGACAUAAUCUGCAGGAACACUCGGUUGUACUGCUGAGGGGUGGAAGGGUGCAGGAUGUGCCUGGUGUCAAAUACCAUUUGGUGAGGGGGGCAUUGGAUUUCGCUGGUGUAGUAGGUAGGACAACAAGUAGGAGCAAGUACGGAGGUGAGUCCUGUGAAAAGGAGCAGAGGGUGCAACUCUUGGGGAAUUGA